AUGGUCGGGGCGCUGUACCGGUAUGCGCGCUACGCGCUGUGCUUCCGGGGGAAGGUGACGCCGCUGGCGGCCGGGUGCGAGGCGCCCGACUGCGACGCGCCCGGCGAGUCCCUCGCCCCCGACAAACGGCCCGCGGCGCCGGCGCGGCCGCCGCCGGCCGUCGCCGUUUCCGGGUGCGGCGAGGCGGGGCUCGAGCGGCUCGCCGACGGCCUCGUCGUGCGGCCGCCCGUGCCCCACGGCGAGGCGGACGCGGACGCGCGGCUCGUCGCCGCGGCCAAGGCCGGCGACGCCGCGGCGGCCGGCGCCGCGCUCGACGGCGGCGCGCGCGCGGACGCGCGGGGCAUGUGGGGCUCGUCGGCGCUCGUCGUCGCCGCCCAGUACGGCCACGGAAACGUCGCGGCGCUGCUGUUAGAGCGCGGCGCGGACGCGACGGUCCGCAACGAGCGCGGGUCCGACGCGCUCCUCUACGC